AUGAAAUCCUGUGCGGAUAUCAGUGCGUGGUGCCUUCCCUGCCACCUGUUUUGGUCUUCCAAAAGUAAGUUUCAUGGUGCCAGGGUCGCCAAGGCAGAUACUUUGGAAGCGGCUGCAGCUUCCAAUGUGAUUCCUUUUGGCAUCACCCAGGCCCAAGCCCUGAAAAUGGAUGCAUCCCUGACUGCCACAUCCUUUGGAUACGUGACAGCAAAGUAUACUUUGAGCGCUGAACAGACGGAACUGAUUCCGGGAUUGACCUAUCUGAAAGACUUCCUCACUGUGGAUGAGGAGCAAGCACUGCUGGCGGAGGUCGACAACAAGCCCUGGGAUGGUGAGAAUAAAUCCAGGCGCACCCAGCAGUUUGGCUAUGGCUUCCAUUGGCGAAACCGCCAUUCCAAGGCCUUACUGCGGCUUCCUUCGCCAAGGGACAGGAUGCCGCAGGCCGCCUUGACGCCGCUGACGCGCUUGGAGAAGCAAGGCCACAUGCCGGCAAUGGAGUUUCAGCAGUGCAUCGUCAACGAUUAUGUGGGAGGACAAGGCAUCAAACCACAUCGCGAUCGUGAAUUCUUUGGUGAGCUGGUGUUGGGAAUCUCCCUGCUGGAACCUGUGGUGAUGGAUUUCAAAUGCAUCCGCACCCACGAGGUCAGGGCGCUGUUGUUGGAACCCAGGCGCUACGAGAGCGAGAAGGUGAAAGCUAAGGCAAUUCAAGAGCUGGGCCAACUGCAGCAGCAACUUCAGGAGGCCCAGGGGAAGCUGAGCCCCUUGAAGAAUGUGCGACAGGAGUUUGUGCAGCGCACCGCUGCUCAAAAGAUGAUGCAGGAGGUGCUCGAAAAGCUGUCGCCAGCCGAGGUGGACGUGGAUCGCGCUGAAGAGGCGACACAGAUGUUGACCAGCGAAGAGGGAGCCUCUAAGGAGCUGAUGGUGCAGGCGCAACAAGCUGUUGCCAAGGCCGGUGAGCACGUGCACUCUGUGCUGCGUUUCAUCGAGGCCAAAAAGAAGUCGGCCGUAGGCUUAGCCAAAGAGGAGUUGGCAAAGAUGGAGGAAAGAGCAAGGCAGUCCGUGCAGCGCUUAGCGAACCUGAAAAACUCGCAGAAGGAAGCCACCGAGAAAGUGGGCUUGGAGGUGCUGGUGAAGGAGGCAGCUGAGAAGCUGCAAACGGUGCAGGACACUGUAGCCAAGGCCGCCGAUGCGGAAGGGCCUUUCCUCAUGGGUGUUGAGGAAUUGCCAUUGGACGAGACACUGGCGGCAGUGAAGGCAAGUGCAUCAACAGCACUGAAGCUUGGGUCACUGAUAGCCAAUGGCUCCAUCGCGGGAGUUGCGUUCCAAAGCCAUGCCGGAAUGGUUUCGGUGCGCUAUGCCUUGCCGACUGUGCCUUUCUUGCUCCUCCUGGCCGUCGAGAAGGGGCAGGGCAUGGUGCCAUUGUGGUCUUUAAGCCAUUCGGCACAUCUUUCCACGCCCGGUUUGGAGCAGACGCCUGAAGCGCGAAGUUUCCGACGAGCCUGUGGCUCUCUUGCCUUUCUGGUGGCCUAUUACUUUUGGACAGUCAGGCACUACGAAGCACUGAAGGAAGCACCGCAUGCCAGCCACCGCAGCGUGGAAAUUCUGGAGGAUUCUCCGAUGUGCAUCUGCAAACACGUCAGUCUGCCCAACUGCAUGUUGUCCUUCUACUGCGAGCAUGCGAGACAUGCUCAGACGCUGGAGAAGACAGGCAUGUUGGCCUACUGGCAAGGUGCCAUCGCCAGCAUUUGUUGUUUGCCAUGUACCCUGCUCUAUUUCCAUAACAGCAUCCGCAAAGCGAUGGGAGCAGGUCGCAUCGACCCCUUGGCAAACUGCAUCUAUGCGUUAUGCUGCCCCUGGUGCGUCCUGGCACAGCAUUCAGAAGCUCUGGAUGCCGCCACGAACCAACACCUGAAGGCAUUCCUCAUAGUUGGACGAUCUCAUCCUUCUGGCAGCGAAGAGGAGAAGGAGGAGCUGCUAAGGCAGCCAGGGAGUCAGAAGAUGAUGUAUGGCAACGAGAGUGCCAUUGAUGUCUGGGAUGGUAGUCUCCAUGGCCGACCAAGCUGCCAGAGCUCAGGAUUCUUCGAUCGAGUGGUGGGCACCCUUUGUUUGACAGGGCGGAGAUCCAGCCAAAUGUGA